GUCGGUCGGUCGGCUGUGGGAGAGAGCGUGCGGUGAACGGGCUGAGUGAGGACAGACUGGACAGACAAUCUGGGUUUACGUGAGGUUUGGCACCAGGUGAAUAAACAAGGCAAUUCAAGAUCAUCAAAGCUGAUAUGAUGUCAUCAAGUGCACUACCCUGUUGAGAAUCAAAAAAAAAAAAAAAAAAAAAAAAUCUCAUACAAUGGAAACAAUGUGAGAUGAGGUUAUGAGUAUAAACACCAUCUGAACUGAAAACGUUGAAGGCCUAGUGCAGACAAGUGAGGAACAAGACCUUUGAUGGAUCCGGGAUUACUGUGGAGCUUUUGAUAGAGAGGCUCAGACUGACACAACAUGAAUAUGCAAGGAAAGAUACGAACUGGUGAGAGCAACCAACAAGGAGAAAUACAGAACAAGCGGCCUUUGCUAGAAACUGAGGGAGAUGCCAAUGCUAACCAAAUCUCCCAAGAGGAAAUUCAUUCAGAUGACCGAGAGCAUAGCAGCCUAUUACCCACUCUUGUUUCACACUCUGAAACCCGGGAGAGGAUCAUUAUCUGGGGAACGCAUGCCCGGAGUGGUGACCCUGAGCUGGAAGAGUUUGAACUGUUGGAGUGUCAAGAACUAGAAACGUUUAUUGUGGAUGAAGAACAUGGAGAUAAUCGGAGUCAGAGGAACAGGAAGGGAGCGAAGAACAUCUCUGACGGUAAACCGGGAUCUGCAACCAUAAACUCCACUGCAGGAUCCACUUGGAAAGACCAUAAUGAGAACCACAGUGUGGAUGGAGAUGCAAAUGAGAACUCUCAGCCCCUUGACCUCAGGACCUCUAGCUCCCGCUCUGGAGGAAAUAGGACCCUGAGAGAGGCCCGGAGUGGUUCUGAAAGCAAUGUCUUCUUUUCGUCUUCUCUUUCUGCAGUAACCAGCCUCAGUGGAAGUUUAGCCAGCGCUCUGGACAGUGCAGGCUGCACACAGUCUCUCUCUUCUCAGUCCACCAAGUCUACCUCAGGCAAAGGCAGGAACCAGCAACAAGCCUCUACCGAGUCCUACAUCCACUCAGAGAGAAACAGGGAGCUUCCCAGCAGGGACCUCGACCAAAACCACAACUCUAUUACACUGCCUCAGGAACCACAAUAUGACAGAAGUAAGCUAAUCACUAAAAGUGUGGGGUAUUCUUCAAAUGGAGGAGUUAAAGUGCAAAAACACGCCAUGGAAACAGAAAAAAACCAGGGGAAAAGGAUGUCAACCGAUUUGACGAAAGGCAUGAUGAGGGUGCUACCUUCCUGUAGGCAGCUAGUGCACCCUCAUUCAACUGAAACAGAAAAAAGGCUAACCUCAGGAUAUCCCAGUACAGACACCCAAGCAGAACAACAACCAUCCCACUCCUUACAUCAACAAGUUCUUAAGACUGCAGAAGUCAACAGUAAUCACAGGUCUCUCAACCAGACCUUCUCCCAAGAGGCCCAACGCUUGAUGAGGCAAAGCUCAGCAGAUCGUGCUGCAAGUUACUCCAGCCUAGAGAGGAAGACUCACUUCAGUCGGCGGACUUACAGCAGUCCAACCAGACCAUCGACACCUCCAUCCCCCAAGACCACGAGGUCACCCCAAAGACAGCCUCAGUCUUCGCCCAUCAAGACUUUACCUUCUCGAGCACCUCACUUGGUUUAUGGUGCAUCACAGGGGUACAGCUCAGGCUUAAGAGCUCCAGUCAAGACUACUAUCAACACAAGCAUACAUAAACAUCCUCCUGAGCAGGUUCCAACAGAGAGGUCCUCUCCACCCAAGUGCCCACCAAAGCCCAAAAGCGUCCGCCCCAAAAUCAUCACGUACAUUCGGAAAACCCCACAGGUGAAACCCCAGUCCCUUGAUGGAUCAAAUGAGGUGUCGUCCUCAACUUCGAGACUCUCAGACUACAGCAACACUCAAGCCAAACCAGCAACAGGAGAUCAAGGGGAAGCCCCUGUGCUGAGUGCCUCAGAUUUGCUAUGUGAUAAAUAUCGUCAAGAGAUGCAGAAAGUAAGGUUCUUUUCCCCUGGACUUAUGGUUUCUGGGAUUAAGCCACCCAGCAGCACCAUGCCCCACAAAAUUACAGGCAGGGUGGACAGCUUCUAUGGGUCUCCCAACAAGCCCCCUUCUGCAGUGGCAGGCAGAUCUCCAGUCGCUUUUGGAUCUCCAGUGUCUGGAACUGAUGACCCUUCAGGACACCCUAUGGGAGCACAGGACACAGGGUCUCUUUUUCGGUCACCAAGGGGCCUUAGACCACAGCUUGGCAUCGGUGCUGUCAACCGGUCUCCUUCUGCAGCAGCCAAGAAUAGAAUGGUCCUAACAGGUCACCCAAAGUCACCACUGGCCCUCAGCCAACCAAUGCAGGCUGUAAACCCAACCAUUCAAACCUCUCAGGAACCUCAAGAUCAGAGAAAGCCAGUGGCUGCUGGGUUAGAUGCUAAAUCCCUCCUGCCGAAACCAGCUCAGUCUGGUCUGCGUCCUCCUAGUUACUCACGUCUCCCGCCAGCUCGUCUAGCUGCCUUUGGGUUUGUCAGAAGCUCCAGCAUCUCCUCUGUGUCCAGUAACCACUCCACCGACAGCACACGGAGUGACCCCUGCCGACCUGCCUACCGUCCCAACAGUGUAAAUGAUGAGCCGCCGUUGCACAGAGUCAUCAAAUCUCCCCCUAGGGAUGGACCCAGAGCACCCUGCCACGGCACCCCUCAACCCCCCAACACACCUGCACCCACACGCCGCUCACUGCUACCCCCUCCACGAAGCUCCCCAGUGGCUGCUCGUAAGGAAUUUCAGAGUUCUGACUGCACUCAUUCAUCUCUCUCCUCCCCUAAGAGACUGGCUGUGGUCUCUCCUAAACCACAGUCUCCAGUCCUUCAGAGGCAGCAGAGAGCAACAGCGGCGGUCCGAGCAUCAAGCGUGCAGAUUUUACCUCGUACUGGCUCUCCGGGCCCAGAGAAGAGGAAAGAAGAGGAGCAAAACAAAGAGAAAGAGCAAGAGGAGGCAGAAAAACAUGAUGAGCUGCAGCUUUUGCAGGGUCACUGUGAAAAGCAGAGCAGACAACUACAGGCUUUACAGACAGAACUGAAGAAAACCAGCAUGGGUCUGGAUGUCUUUGUGAUCUGCACUCAACACUUCUGCCUCAAGAGUGAAAGUGCUGAAGAAAAGGAAAGAGAAUUGUCCCAAGAACUCAGCAGGAUUCAGCAUGAAGUGGCCUUUAACACAGCUUCCUGGGAGCGUCUGCAGAAGGAGAAUAGAGAGCUGGAGGAGUGCUUUGAGAGUGAUCUUAGAGAGUUGCAGGUCCAGCAGGAGUCUGAGCUUGCUACCUUAGAGGAGAACCUGAGAUUGCGCCACGAUUCAGACAGAGACCAUCUCAGAGCAGAGCACCAAUCAGAGGUGGAAGAGCUUCGAACCCAGCACCAGGAACAAGUUGAGGAGUUGAGUGCAAACCAUGAGGCCGCCUUGGAGGACCUGAAGACAAUGCACAACAUCACCAUGGCAACGCUGCAGGAGGAGCAUGCCAGGACAAUGAGAGAUUUAAGAAAAGCUCAUGAGCAGCAGAAAGCAAGUUUAGAAGAGGACUUUGAGAGACUUCGCCUCUCCCUUCAGGACCAGGUGGACACUCUGACGUUCCAGAAACGAACUCUGAAAGACAAAGCCAAACGUUUUGAAGAGGCCUUGAGGAAGAGCAUUGAUGAACAGAUUGUAGAUGCCCUAGCUCCAUACCAGCAUAUCGAGGAGGACCUGAAGAGUCUAAAAAAAGUUCUGGAGAUGAAGAACCGGCAAAUUCAUGACCAGGAGAAGAAGAUCUGCGAGCUGGAGAAAGUGCAGGCCCAAAAGAACCUGUACCUGGAGGAGCGGGUCCAGGUGCUUCAACAGCAGAAUGAAGACCUUAUGGCCCGCAUUGACCGACAUCUUGCAGUGUCCAGGCAACUAUCUGAAGAGAACGCUAACCUUCAAGAUUAUGUGGAGAAGGAGACGAACGAGAAGAAACGUUUAAGCCGCAACAAUGAUGAGCUGAUGUGGCUUCUCCAGACGAGUCCUCACCUGUCGCCCUCCUCCUCCCCUAUUCACAGAGCCUUCUUCCCAGGCCCUGACAUCCCCCCGUACCCUUACUCUCCAGGCACUGGUACUCCCACACACUCUUGUUCCCCUGGCCCCUGUACCCCCAGUCACAGGGUGGUGUCUCCAGGACCAGGGACGCCCAAUCUCAGAGGGUCACCAGCAGCCAGGUCGUCCCCCGCUCGAAUCCCAAAUGCCAACACUUUACCCAGAUGAGCUGCCCUGUUGAGUCUCUGUUGCUUCAUCCAUCUCUCCUCUUGUUUUCUGUCACUUUUAAUCUUUCCUUUACUCCACUGUCGAGUACAGUGCUUCGUUUUGAUGUGCUGUCAAUGAUUUUCUUUGAAAAGAAGAGAGACCUGCGCAGAUUUCAUGUUCAACAAGUUCAAUGUUAAACCUGUCAGAUUUAAUUUAUUCAGACUUUGAUGAUGCUAACUGCCAGAUGGAGAAUCAAUGACCUUGCUGAUCUCUGUCACUUUCAUUUUGACUUCAUAACUCAAAAAAAAUAUGUAAUUCGUCUCUGGGGAUCGGACUUUGUAAAGGUAAACUUGUAGCAUCGCAUCAUAACGAAAGAGCUUGAUGCUCAACUUUAGAUAUUUUGCCGAAAAUGCUUGGCAAAUGUUAAUGGAUGAACUAAACAUACAGGCAACAGAUGGGUUAAUGCACGACUCCCCAAUUUCAUGUUAUGCCCCGUCUAGGGGUUAGGACGAAAGGUAGCACUCGAAAACAAAGGUUUUUAGGAACAAUUAUUAUUUUUUAUUUAUCUUAAAUGGGAAUUCAAACUUCAGGAGCUGACCAGGUCAAAAUAAUCAACAAAAGCAUAAACACUCUUGACCUCUUUCAAAUCCUAAGUCAAACGAAAAGAAAAUACAACCAACUUACCUAACUCCCUAACCAUAAACAAAGUCAAAAGAUUUCCAAUAAACAAAAUGGCAUCAGACUCCCUACUUUCCCAGUCUCCAAUAUUUCCAAUAUAUUUACAAAAGUAUUUACAAAGUUCUAAGUCUCUAGGUUGAGGGUUUAAUCUUAAAUCAGUGUUGAUAAACAAGCAAGGAUCAAUACACCAAACACAUUUCUCAAACAGCUUCUCAAAACACACUUUCUAAACACUCUCCAAAACUCUCAAACAAUUUCUUUCUGUGAACCCAAGAGGAAGUGAUGACAUGGCUUUUUAAAGGCUCCUGGACCCGGCUGCACCAAUCAGGAAGUGGCAUCAAUUAGGCUUCAGGAGCCAAUCAGACGUCAUUCCUAGACAGACACACAUAGGCUGUGUCUCGUUUGGAAGGCUGCGUCCUCCAGAGGUCGCAUUUCUCGGCCGCAUACGUCAUCGAGGAUGUCUCGUUUCAUAAAAGCGAGUAGGUUACUUCGAAUCCAGCCUUCGAAUGCGACCUUCUUUCAUGGGAAUUUGGAGGAUGCAUGAGGUGUAUCCUUCGUGGGCACUCACAACCCACAAUUCUUUGCUUCAACGGAAAUGUCUAAAAAAUUAACGGCAAUUUGCCCGUAAAUAUGAUGUUCAAAUGCAAGUAAUGUUAAUUCCCAAGUUGAAGUACCGCAGUAGAUGGGUGCAGAGUAUAUAAUAUGUAUUAUUAUAUUAAUAUAUAAUUAAAAUAAAGUAUUAGACUAAAAGUAAACCUGUAAAAUCUAUUUUCUUUUCUCGUUACAUCUUUAUAACUCUCCUAAAAUGUACCUCAUACAUUUCCUUCUAAAGGGACUUUGUUACCAUCUCACUCCAAGCGCUCGCACUUGUUAAAGAGUGGCGUGCUGUCAUAUCAACCAUGUUCCUUUCCGUUUCCGUUUGUCCUACGAAGGCCGUCUCGUUUAAACGAGAUUUGUUUAAAGGAGGAUGCUCAGUAUACUGCGCGUCCUACCUAGCACGCAGCCUUCGAAACGAGACACAGCCAUCGGCAUUCCAAAACAGAAAACUAUAGGGUGGUAACAAGACAUUCACACAUUCAUACUACAUAAUAACCAAAUGCUAACUGAAAAAAAUGCUAAUUGGAUGCUUGGAGUCUGUCAAAUUUCAAUUGGUAGAAUGUUCCAGAUAUUUGGGGCAUGCUGGCUAAAAGCUGCUUCACGUGAUCCCUCCAAUUUUUCAAGGUCAGCAAUUAUCUAUGUAAGCAGUACACCACUGCCACUGUUUGGCAUCCCUUGACGGCGCCCAGCUACAACUUCAGGAGCUGGUCAGAAUUGUUUCACACCACUGAGCACCACUCAUAUAGUUUUCUGUUAAAUUCAUUCUAAAAAAAAAUAAAUAAAUAAGAUAGACAAAAAACAUAUAGAAUCACCUGUUUGGUUUACUUUCCCAGUCCAGCUAGCUAGCUAACAUUAGUAAACAAUUAGUUUAGCAGUUACUUCAACUGCUACAUAACUACCAAGAAAACAGAGAUUUUAUAAAAUAUAUCCAGAUUUACCAAUGUGACAAAUUCUUUGGGUAAUGUUCAAUAACGCUUAUUUUAUUCCAUCAAAAUUCUUUAUCUCUGUUAGAGAGAGCGUAAAGUUAAAACUCAGGCUAGCUAGCUAACGUUAGCUUACUAAAUAGAUAGUUACUAUGUAGCUAACUGUCUGGUGUGCAACCCGCUUUACUCUGAUCUGACAAAGGGAAGUGUUGUCACCCAGUGUAUGACUAAUGACACAAAACAGGGAGAUCAAAUAUACCGACUGCAGGAAAUGUUGUAAAUUGUUGUAAUUUUUUGUAGUAUUUUAUCAUAAUGGAUGUUUUGCUACUUGAUGUGCAUGUGAUCAUUUGAGUCUUCCAUUCUUAAUGUGGAAACUAGGAUAGUUGUCAUGUUAGCGUAGAUACUCUGACUCCUGGGAAUGAUAGCGACCGCUAAUAUUUUGAAAUGUUUGCGACAUUCAGACUCCUUAAGUUACACCUGGCCGGUAUGUUACUAGUGCGUAAUGGUUUUAAGGAGGUUCAAUAUGGCAGUUUAAUGAACUGUAUAUUUGGAUUUAUUUAAGCUAUCUUUAUUGUAAUGCUGGUUAACUCUUGUAUUACCUCUGUAGAGUGCAGUAUAACCUAGGGAGAAUUUUCUCUGUAUGGAUGAAUUAGAAAGGAAUGUAUAACUUUGUAUCUUUAAAUGAUGUAUGAUAAAGUUCAGGGAAAUAGUUUUGCUCUGUCUCAAAGACAGUUCUUAUUUUCUCAGUAAUUAAAUAUCAAGAUUCCUUUUUUUAAAAUAACAUGGCAAAAGCAACAUUCCUUAUGCAAAGUGGGUUUCGAUAUUUUAAAGCAAAGAGGUAAUUUUUUGAAUUCUUGGCAAAUGUGAUUUUUUUGUUUGUGUUUCUUUUUACAAUUGAUACAUCUUUCAAUGGAACAUUUUCAACCUUCUACACUUUUGAUACAAUUGUCUUAAAGGAGGAAUUUUAUAAACUAUUUACUGAUAAUAUUUUUUCUAUAUUAUUAUCAGUUUGUGCUUGUGCAGGUAUCAUACAGACAAGUACAAUAAUCUGCUAUUCAAGACCAGCUAUCAACAAAAAAAAGUGCUGUUUGUAGUCCACACACACAGCAAGUAUGUUUUUCUUCAUUUGGAACACCACUGUUUACCUUUUAGAAUUUUGUUUUAUUUUUUAUUUUUUUAUUCCUCUUAAAUAUAUAUUUUUAGUUUAUGCUUUCAAAAUCCUGAUGCUAUUCCGUAUUCAGAUCAUGUAGCUUGACAUUCAAAAUUAAUUUUUCUUUUCAUUUGCUCUGUCACUGUGAUACAAAUGCAUUAUCUGUGUUGUUAACUUUCCAUUUUUGCUACUCUCACACACAUGCUAAGAAGCUUCUCAGUGUUUCCUGCCAAGCACAUAACACUGAACUGAAAAAAAAAGUAAAAUAAAAAAUACUCCAGCAGCUUAUAUUUUAAAAUCUUUUUUAAGCAUUUUUAUUCAUAUCUAAAAAGACAGCAGAACAACUUACAGUUCACUAGUCACAAGUUUGAAAUAAAAAGUCACAUUUAAAUAUUAUAUUUGAUAGUUUUAACUACAGAUUUGCUUAACUAUCUUGAUUCACAACAACAAGUAGGCCUACAUGUGUGAUUCAGGGAUGUGCCUUUGUUUAACGUGUAAAGUAGCAAAAAUGAAAAGCUUUUCACAUUACAGCAAUCUUACAAACAAUAUGCGUCUUAUACUAUAGAUGAUUACAGGAAAAUAAAUGAUUGUGUAAACAAUAAUACAACUGUUUUCAGAGUAGGUAAAACAGGAUUAAAAUUGUAAAAUUUUAGUUGCUUUUACCUUUUAGUUUUUACUUCUUCAGAAAUUCAGAGUUUUUUUAUUUUUUAUUAUUCAAUCCAACAUUUCUCUGCAUAUUUUGUCUUUAUUUUCUGUAUGUUUUAACUAAAACCUAAGCAACCUCAACUGAACAAACAUACUGCAUCUGCUAUGGUUUUAGUGUAGUACAACAUUGUUUCAAAUCUACAGCAACUACAGUAAGGAGUUGCCAUGUAUUUUAUGUGUAUACUCUUUUGAAAAUCCAAUAUCCUGUACGAGCUCUUUGGUUCUAAGUUAGCAGUAAAUUUUUUGGCUCUCAAGACAACCAUGACUAUAGGAUUAGACAACACAUGUUGAUGAAUGAUUAACAACAGAAUCAGGUUCUGAGACUGUACUGACUCUUUGUCCUGUGGAUAUCUAAACUACUGAAUGAGCACAGUCAGUGUAAACUUAUAAAGGGUUAUUGGAGUCACUUAUUGUACUGAAUUAUAUUUGUCCAUCUGUCUUUAACAGCUGACUUCUAUUUUGUCUUUUUCGACUGGGUUUACAGUCACUUGUAAGCUAGUAUUUAUUGUAUUGUAGUGUACAGUAAUCAAUGCAUGUUUGUCCUGGCAGAUCAUCUCUUCCUUGCUGUAUACUUUGUGAUGGUCCAUGCUGUAUCUGUAGUAUAGAGAAUAUAAUACUAAGGAAUGGAAAUGAUUUAUAUAUAACACAUUUGUAUUCAAUUUUAGGGGUUGGGGAUGAAUAUUAAAAUGUUUCAAAAUAAAAUGGCCAUAUUCUUUUUUUUUUUUUUUUUUUUUUUUUUUUUGUGCAAAUAAUGUCCGAAUACAAAAAAUAUAAUAAAAAAUAAAUCAUUUUUAAAUGUG